CGUCUUUCUCCCUGCACGUAGAUUUAAAUCCAUCAUAAGAGCGACUUUGUCUCAUGUCUGGUUAAUCUAUGGACAUUGACGAUGGAGUCAGAGGAGAGCAAGAUCUCAGUGUGGGUCUGUCGGGAGGAAAAAAUCGUUCUCGGACUGUCAAAGCGCACAACCUGCGCGGAUGUUGUCAGAGUGCUUCUGGAGGACAAGCACUCUCAGGACGGCCUCUCCACAGUUUCACUCUCCGGAUGCUCUCAGGAUUACUGCAUCGUGGAGAAAUGGAGAGGCUUCGAGAGGAUUUUACCGAACAAAACCAAGAUCUACCGGCUGUGGGUCGCGUGGGGAGAGGAGCAAGAGGACGUGAAGUUUGUGUUGGUAAAAAAUGAAGCGUCUCUGGCGAACAGCGGAGCCAGGAGCGCGGAGGCGCGCGUGGUGCCAAGCAAACACGGUCCCUGUGUUACCAAGGGGAGCGCACGCAGCUCCGUGGAUGGCAUUUCACCCGAGAAACAGCGUCGAAUUGUGAGGAAAGCCUUCAGAAAGUUGGAGAAGAUGAAUAAAAAGAGGGCGCGAGCGGCGCACAGGGACGCGUCCUCUGCGGAAAAGAUGGAAACUUUGGUUCAUCUCGUGAUUUCUCAGGACCACACCAUCCGCCAGCAGGUUCAGAGGAUUACUGAGCUGGACUCAGAGAUCGAGAAGCGCGAGGCAAAGGUGCAUUUUGACAGGAUGAAGACACAUGGAGUGAAUUAUGUGCAGGAUACGUACUUAGAGGAUAACGCUGCUUUGGAGCUAGAGGGAGACAAACUGUGUUCAGCUGAGACGCUCUCAAAGUUUGAGGAGUAUGUCCGGCAGUGUGAGGAGGUGGUCAAAAUACAAGAGGAGCUGUGGGAGCAAGAGAAACUUCUGGACAUGAUCACACAGCAGAUGCAGGAGGAACUGAACCAGCGCUGGAUGCAGCGGAGGACAGAGGAGCUGGAGAGCAAAGACGCGGAGCGCGCAGAGGACGCGGCACAUGUUCAGUGCACAGAGUCAGAAACAGAGCUGCUGCUGAGAAGAGAGAGGAUCAGGACGCAGCUAGACGUCAGUUUAUACAUCGGUCUGCGCCUCAACACGGAUUUGGAAGCUAUUAGGAGCGAUUUAGAGCUGAACGAGGAGAUUUGCGCGGAGAGGGAGAAGGAAAUGAGGGAUUUGCUGGAGAAAGUCAACACUUUAGACAUAGAGGAGGAGAGAUGUCAGCAUGGGACACAUGAUGAUGAGACGGGGAUGAUGAGCAAUUUGGAGAGGAAGAGUGAGUGGGUGGAGCAGGCCAGGGGUCUGUCAAAAGCUCACAGUGUGAACGACGACGACUCAGACACAGGCUUAAGUUCUCUGCACAGUCAGGACUCAGACAGCCAGCCUGUGUGGGAGUCUCUGGUGUAGAACAAGUCUUUAAACUACAGUCUCAGGGAUCAUAGUUUUCUGAAAUAUAUGAAAUUCACUCUUAGAUUUCUGAAUAGCGACUUUAAACUGAUCCCAUCAUGUUAAUCCCUACAUGUUCCUAUAUAUCCUUCUUAAUCUGGGUUUAGAG